CGGUCCGACGCGAUGGUUGUGUGACGCGCCGUGUGCCCCCCCCUCCGCCCCGCGCACCGCACUUUACUUAUUUUUGUCAAACCUCACCAGUUACGCCAUAUUCGUUUUGUUUUAUUGUUUAUUAUUGGCAUUAGGCAUUAUGUUGAUGAACCUUUGCCUGUUAUCUUAGCAAUUAAAAAGUUAUGCCAUAUCCAUAGAUACGAGAGUACGUGUUCCAAUAAUUGUAACGGUUAAUUAAUUUUUAUUGUUAUUGUGUUUAAUUAAAUGAAAAUGUAGGACAAUUGUUAUUAAAAUAUGUGAAUAAUAGAAUAAAAUGUGUUCGAAAUAAAAAUAAAUAUAAAUAAUUCUUAUCGCAACUUAAAUUUGUGACUAAAUAAACAAAAAUAACAAAAAAAAUAUUUUAUAGUGAGAUAGGUACCUACGUAGGUAGAUAAAAAGUGUUUUUAGUGCGUAAAAUUUAAAAAUACCUGCCUACGAUAGUGUUUGUGUAAAAAUAGUGCCAGAUAUGUGUACAAUGUUUGGUUAAAUUACAAAAGAUGCAUACAAAAUGUAAAAUUUCACCAACGUGAUGUGUAAUUAGUGUCGUAUUGUGCAUUAUUUUGGAUUUUACAAUGGAUAAACCAUCUUAUAAGCUGGUGGGCGCGCCGUGCGGGCAGCACGGCCAGUACACCUUCUACAAGGCCAUCCGGCUGACGGCGCCCGCCGAGCGCAUCUACGCCAUCGGCGACUUCUUCUUCGUGAGGAUCUGGCAGGACUCCGAGCUGGUCUCCAUCGGCGAGCUGCAGCUGCUGUGGACGGACCGCGUGUCGGACCAGACGCUGGUCUCCCUGCGGCUGUACUUCCUCCCAGAGAACACCCCCGACGGCAGGGGGUUGCACGGAGAGGACGAGGUGCUGGCCAUCAACGAGGCGGUGGUGGUGCGCGCCGAGGACCUGCCGAGCUGGGUGUGCGCGGGGCGCUGCUGGCGCUGGGGGCUGCGCGCCGUGUGGCGCGGGGCGUGCGCGCCGCCCGCGCAGCCUCAGCCCUCCGCGCCGCUGCACCACACGCGGCUGGACUUCAGCGACGUGGAGCGGGAGAAGAGCGCCAUGUCCGUGGACGUGGAGGCGCCGGGCGUGGUGGUGUUCUCCUACCCGCGCUACUGCCGCUACCGCGCGCUGCUGGCGCGGCUGGAGGGCAUCCAGGCUGACUGGCUUCGAGACUCGCUGGUGGCCGCGCUGGGGGGAUAUGCCGCGCCCACCAAGAACACUAGGAUAUUGUACUGUAAGGACACGUUCGAGUACCCGGAGCUGGAAGGACACGAGUUUGUGUGCAACCACCUCGCACCGAAGCUGAAGGGGCGGCCGCGCGGGCGCCGGCGGAGGGUGCCGCGCUCUCGGUCGCGCUCCCGCUCGCCGGACUCGCGCUCCAGCGACAGCGAGCCGAGGCGCACCCCCGACACCCGGACCCCUAGAAGACUCUCCCUCCGCAACGGCCCAGAGAAGCAGAGCGAUGAGGAAGAGGAGGUGGAGAGGAAGCCCGAGGAGGUGGCGAAGGACGAGGCGUUCCUGCUGACGCUGCGGGAGUUCUACAGCAGGAAGGGGGAGGUGCUGAAGAUAUCGCAUAGUGUUAAAAAUGUGUCGCUGCGCAGCCUGUACGCGGCGGCGGUGUCGUGCGGCGGGUACGAGGCGGCGUGUCGCGGACAGUUCUGGCGACGGAGCUACAACGAGAAGGCGUCCAGAGUGCGGCGGCUGUACGAGAGAUACCUACUCCAAUUCGAAAACUACGAGCGAUGGAACGGCAGAAAGUUCCCGAAAAUGCCCAACGGCAAGCUGGCUGAACCAAAGACAAUAGACACGAUAGACGUCACCGACUCUCCCGCGCGAGAGAUAGACAACAAACCAACUCUCCCUGAAAAGAGAUUGAGAACUCCAUCGCCGAAGAAAGAGAAACUCAUCCUAGACAAUGAGACGGGGGAGUUGUUGAAGGAAGAAGUAAACUUUACUUCAAAACCGGCUGAAGAACUCAACAGGGAGUUUCUAGAAUCACUGCCUCCUAAAGAAGAAGAUAGAGAAAAUAAGCCUGUGAAAAUUUUCGUAAAACCCGUAGAGAAAUUGAUAGAGCCUAGUUUGAAGGAGAAUGUUGUGAAGAUAUUCGAUGAGAAUAUGUCGAUGUCGGAUAUGUCGACGCAGAAGUUGAUGUCGGAUAUGUCGACGCAGAAGUUAAAGUCCGAUAUGUCGACACAGAAGUUGUUGGAGACAAAUGACAACAAACAUAUGGACGAUGGGAAUUCAAGGUUUUUGAAUGAGUUGGCGCAGAAAUUGCAAUUAGGCAACGCCGACACGCGGUUCCUGCAGCAGCUGUCGCAGAGCCAGUCCACCGACAGUCUGUCGAGUCUGUCGUCGCUCGGCGACAAGUACACCAACGGACACGCCAACGGCACCAGCGCCGCAGAACAGAAGUCCCGGCCGGCGGGGCGGAGCUCCCUGCGCGCCGUGCGAGUGAAACCCACCAGGCCGAUGACGGCGCGACACACGCCGCCCGUGCCCCCGCUGCGCUCGGACUCGGCGUCGUCCUCCCCCCCGCUGUCGGGGAGCAGCUGCCCCGCGCCCCCCGCCCCCGCCGCCCCCGCCGUCACCAACUUCGGCAUCCACCACCCCCGGCCCACCUCCACGCACAGCGACGACGAGAUCGUCGAGGUCCCCUACCAACCAAAGAGUCCGGAGAUCAUAGAUCUGGACGAAUACCCCGAGAGUCCGCAAGCUGUCAAAAAGAAGAAGCUGGACAUCCUCAAGGAGAGGGGCCUGGAGGUGACCGCCGUGCCGCCCGCCCCCUGGCCGCCGCUCAACCCCAUCACCCCCCUCCUCAACCCUGGCCCCAUCAUCCUCAACACCGUCCAGCACCAGCUCCUCACCCAAGCCCAGAUGUUCCAAAUGUACAACAUCAUCCCCAACUACCCCAACGGCGUCCAAGCGCCCAAGGUCAUCCAAGCGUCCAGCGCGUUCGGCACUGCCGGUCCCGAGAAGACCGUCUACGGCAACCCCAAGGACCCCUUCAUGCCGCCCCCCCACGUCCUCCAAGGGACCCCUAUAAAACCCCAAAGGAGCAUCGCGACCCCUACCGACCGGCCGACGCCUCAGGAUAUUUUAGACCUCACGUGCAAAACGUCCAGCCCAACCCAGAAACCAGCCGUCGAAAUAGUCAGGAUCCCCCCAGAAUCCUCCCCCUCUCCCUCCAAAACGCCCAACCCUCAAAACCUGAGCAAAAACUACACAAUACUAGACGGAAAAGCUGUGGUAUCCAAUUUGGAGAUCACCCUAGUCAAUCCGAAAUCGCAGACGCCACCGAAAAAGCAUCCCCAAAAACGAUCGUCCAACGGCAAAUUUGCGUCCCUAAAAACUCCCACACCCCCCAAAGAUUAUCCCAAAACAUUCCCCACGCCGUCCCCUAAAAAACCACCAAUAACCAUACCCAACUACCAGAUCGCUAAAGACGAGACGCCCAGCAGUUCAACCCAAAAGGACCACGCCCAAAAUAGUUUACUCCAAAAUGUUUUCAAAAACCAAAAUCUAGCGCAAAUGAUGGAGAUGCAGAAGCUGCCCAUGGCGCCCAUGAUGGACCCGCUGUACAUGCAGCACCUGUACAGCAGCCUGGGGCAGAUGGACCAGCGCCAGCUCGCCAUGUACAGGGACUUCAUGACCAACCAAUUUAGGGGCUACUCCGGCCUACUCAACAUGGCGACGCCAACAACGAAGAAUUAGUGAACUUCUAGUCGAUAAGUUAGUCGUUUUAACGGUUCCCGUGGACGCUAAUUUAAAUAGGGAACGACUAGAUAAAAUUAGUAAAAAAAAAUGCUGUCGGUGUAUGGCCGACAGAAAGUUUUGCUAGUUUAAACCAUAGGGAACUAGACCAAAUUAAAAAAUGUCGGUGUAUGGCCGACAGAAAGUUUCGCUAGUUUAAACCAUAGGGAACUAGAUAAAAUAGUAAAAAAAGUUGUCGGUGUAUGGCCGACAGAAAGUUUUACAAGUAAAACGUUUAAUAUUAUUUAUAUUCUAUUGAUUAAUAAUAUAUAUUGAUUGAGUCUAUUAAUUAAUAAUAUAUAACUUUAGUCGGUGUUGUUACAUUAAGAGCGUGCAGCGCGUCGGUACGAUAUGGAUAAAAUUCGAAGCGCAAGCGAGACGCCAAAUUAUGACAUGCACGUGAGUGAAGAGCACGGAGCGAUUGACGCGCGACGCAAAUUUUAUGACGUGAGCGCCAAAACCAUUUUUACCUAAUUGCAAGUAAAUUAAACAACACAACGAAAAACAAAAUGGCCAUGUUCAAGAUAAGAUAUAUACCUAAUUUUCUAUACAAAACAAAAAUUUAAGAAAAUAAGUUUGCUUUUCCUGAGAUUGAAAGCAAAAUGUGAACAAAACAUGUAUUUUUCAAAAAAAUAAACUAUCGAGAAAAACUUUACAAAUUGUGUAUUUUGUAUAGUCAUAACGAAGCUAACACUUUGAAAUAUCAUUUACCCAAAUAUCAGGCUCCUAACUUUUCCAGAAUCCGAGAUCCAGAACCAUUUGUAACCACCAAAUUACAUAUUGCACACUCUUAACUUUGAGUAUUCAUUCACAUAACUAAAGAAAUUCAAAGAUUUUUGUUAUAUGACUGAUCAUUAUUUUGAUUUUUUCGAAAAACAUACUGCCACAACUUUUAAACCUCGUAAUGAUAAAAAAUACAACAGCAACCUUGUCGAUCAUUAAUCGAUUUUUUAAUAAUCCACUGCAAUAUUUAUCCUUUCUUUGCUAUGUCCUUGUCUCACUAGUACAAGAGGAAUAAAUAAGCGUGUGUUAUAAAUGAAAAUAACAUUUAUUUUACUUGUCGGACAUACACCGACCAAGGUUUAAAAAACAUAUAAAUAACUGACGGUUCCUGCCAUCCACUAAUAAUAAUAUUUAUUUUAUUUAAAUUAAUUCUCUUAACUGAAAUAAAAUAAAUUAAACCGGUGUCCAUUGGAAGUGUUAAAAUAAAUUUAAAUUAAUUAUUGUGAUACGGAAGUUAGUGUAAGCGAUGUCGAUCUCGGGUUAAUUAUAAUUAUUACUGUAAAAUUGAUGAUUAUUAAUUUAAAAUAACAUUUCGGGAGCAAAACUUGGGUUCCGCAUGUUUGUCAAAAAAUUUACAAUUCAGAACUGUCAAUUUGACAAAAAAAAUUUACUUCAGAACUAUUGCAUAGAAGCAGGCGUUACUUUGCGGAAGUUCAUCAUGAUUAUAUAAUGAUUUAUUUAUUUUGCUAUCAUCCGCGAAAAUUCGGCGAACCCAUGCGACAUUAUGUGACAAGAUGUUGACUCUACAACGUGCAAUUGCACGUUGUAGAGUCAACAUCUCCUGAGGAUGCUCCGGUUUCGGGGUGAAACGUACGUAGAGAGUAUUUUGUCGGACCUGGGUGACGUUGUCGCAUGGGUUCGCUGAAUUUUCGCGGAUGAUAGCAAAAUAAAUAAAUCAUUAUAUAAUUACUUCAGAACUGUCAAUUUGUCAAAAAAUUUGACACUUCAGAACUGUCAAUUUUGUCAAGUUCGUAGAAGUAAAAUACGCACGUUUUUGUAUAGUUUCGUCUACGAAUCGUCCCUAUGUAACGUUUGUGGCCGAUUUUGAAAUGGGGUCGAUUUUUUGAAAUAUCCGUUACAAGAGGCUUUGUAUACAUUUUGUAUAGUAGCGAAUAAAAAAUCGGUUGAUCAUUAAAAAUCGGUCUCAGGCCGAGCGCCUGCAUUAGCCACACUUGCCACAUUGUAUGAAAACUGAAAGAUCCGUCAGUCAUGUUCCUACCAAAGAUAAGUACGGUAGAUAAUAGCCUAGUUGACACUUUAUUUUAAUAGUCUUAAAUUGUUAAUUAUAGUUCUACUAGAUUGAAAAAAAAAAUUUUUUUGAGACAUUAUUAAAAAUUUCAAUUGUCAAAUAUGUUUGUGACAAUACGAGCCAAAACGCCUGUCGGCCAUGAUGGUCUAUAUAUUAACUGUUUCAUGACGUUACGUUAACAAUAAAAAUUAACCAAACGGAGCGUUUGACAAAAUUAUAGUUAAUAAUCAUUAAUGACUUUUAUUCCUUUAUUCAAGUAACAUCGUGACGUCACAAAAUGGACGACUGCGUUUAUGAUAUUUUUU